AUGGCUACCACACUCCCACAACCUGAGAUUGCACUUGUUAUUCUGGAUCACGUCGACUUCUUCGAUGUUGAUAAGCUAAUUGUGUUUGUUGGCACGGUCUACCUUCCUUACUUGCAAGUGGAGCAAAACAACAACCCGUUGUCGCCCGUGGAACUCUGGGAGCGCAGUGGGUACACAGAUGGUAGCGAAGUUGAAGGAACUUCAAACGGUAAUCGUCUGAUCAUCUACCACGAAGACUCUGGAUUUGAUCGUGAUUUCAAAGCCCAUUUGAUGAAAAACUGCAAGUUCGUUGUCGAACUCUUCAUAAAAAAACCAAUCCAUGACGAUGCCAAUCUGAAACCAGCUCAAGUUCCAAAUCUUGAACUUCAGCUUGUCCUCAUCGACCGGGUGCUUGAAAGCAAGGCGAAGGAGGUCCAUAACAAGAAACGCAAGUCGACAAUAUCUGCAUAG